AUGGCAUUUCGUCGCUUUGCACUGUUCAGCUGGUGCCUUUCGUGUUUGUGCACUGGGGAAGUUCGAGAAAGCCCCGGCAUCUCCAAUGAGACUCUCGCAGAUUAUUUGAAGACUCGCGCUGAGUUCUUAAAGCAUGAGGAUGCUCUAGCAGAUGGAUCUGGCACGAAGCUCACUUCGGAUGAAAUCCGCUUCGAUAGUUGGCUUCGUUCAACGGUGCAGAGUAUGAUCGCUCAGUACAAGAAGGAACGUUUAGUGGAUCGCUUCGUUCCGGCCACUUAUUUUCCGCGCAUCCGAGCUCACAUCGAGAACACCACCCUGUACAAGGUGCUUCGGGAAAUGCCAAAGGGCGGUGCCCUUCACCUCCACUUUGCUUCUGCGUCUUCCUUGGAGUGGGUGGUGAAGCAAGGCUUGGACUUGCCUGGCUGCUACGUCUUCUGGCCAAACAAAACCAGCAAUGUCUCAGAGACUUUGCCCGUGGGUUCCCUGGCAUUCUUCAACUCUACUCAGGUGAAGCCACAAGGCUUCUUCCCAGCUCAUGAGCUCAGUAGAGAGAAAGACUUCCGAGAGAAGUUGCUGAAGUUGCUGACGAUUCAUGAAGAGGAUGAGGGCCUGACCUCUCCGGAGAUUUGGAAGAAAUUUGCAGACAUUUUUGUUCGCGUGACGGGAUUCUUCACCAACCGAAAGGCGGUCGAGGAGUACUUUGUUGCAACUGCCCAAGAAUUCCUGGCCGACAAUGUGACGCACUUGGAGUUCCGCGUUGACCUCUUCCAUGACCAGGGCGCUCUCUUCGACCUCGAUGGUCGUGAAUAUCGAGGAGCUGCUGCGAUGGAUGUGUUCCAGAAGCAGAUUGACCGUUUGCAUGUUACGUCGCCUGACCUGACAGUGAAGCUCAUUGGUUCCAGCGUCCGCUUCCGAAAUUCCUCCGAGAUUUGGAAAGAUUUGGAGUUUGCGAUGCAGGUGAAAGCUCAGCGCCCAGAUAUCUUGGUGGGUUGGGAUGCUCCGGGUGAGGAGGAUGCUGGACAUCCCACUCUGGACUACGCGAAGCAGCUCUUGGAGUUCAGGGACCUGUCCAGAAAGAAGGGCAUCGACCUUCCUUUGAUGCUGCACGAUGGUGAGAGCGAUUGGUCUACAAUGAACACAGUGGAUGCCGUUUUGCUGGGUGCCAAACGUUUGGGCCAUGGCUUCAACAUCGUGCGUCAUCCUUUGCUGAUGGAGGAGGUCCGGAAGCGCGGCGUUGCCAUUGAAGUUUGCCCCAUUAGCAACCAAGUGCUUCGCUACGUCACCGAUCUCCGUAUCCACCCGGGCGUGGAGAUGCUGAAGAAUGGUUUGCCAGUGGUUAUCUCAUCAGAUGAUCCUGGCAUUUGGAGCGCCAGAGGUCUCUCUCACGACUUCUGGGAGGCCACUGUUGCUUGGCAGCUCAGUGCUCGAGACUUGAAGACUCUCGUGCGAAACUCGAUUCAGUACAGUGGCUUAGAAGCUACUGAGAAGCAGAAAGUGAUGGCCAAUUGGAAACGGAACUGGAAGCAGUUCAUGGCCAGAUGGCGGUCAUUUGAAGUGAGCGAAGUGAGCGAAGUGCGUGAAGUACUUAUUUGA